UACUCGUGAGUGCGCAACGAAGCAGAGAUUUUCUCCACCCUCGAAGCUAUCCCCCGGAUUUUGCCUUUUCGUUAUCAUUCCUUUGAUCUGUCUGGCGAAUCAAUGUGGGAGAUGUCCCACGCUGCAACCGAGUCCAUCCGCCAGAACACCGGUUUGCUCCAUACAUAAUCAGCCCGCUACUACAACUUUGUCAUUGUUGCCCCGGAUUAUCCCCAAAUCGAAUGCCGCUACUGGCAACAAGCCUCCGCAACGCGACCUUCAACCUGUGCCUGUGAGCUUCUCGUGGUCCGCAAGCCCCGAUCGUGUCCGUGCAUUAUAUUCAAUCGGAAUCUGCGCCGACAGAGGCAUGUCCGCGCUGCCUUCCCGGCGCUGCUCUCAACUAGGGUAGCAAGUGGGCGCUCGACUUGCGACUUUCAACCAUUCUCACCAUCAUGGAUCUCAGAAACUCCGAGGCGCAUAAUGGCAGCGACAGCCCCCAACCUGGUCCGUUUGGCUAUUCUUUCCUUUCGCCCAUGGACACCCCGUACGAACCUGCCCCUGCACGACCCCCCGGGCCCGCUCUUCUCGAUGAUAAUGAGUCCACUAUGCUGGAUAAUUUCUUCACAACGAUGAAUUCCAAUCAUUUCUCCAACGACUUCUGGAUGGGGGGUCCGACAAACCGAUUGCUUGGUACUAACGGGCUCGACUGGCCAGGCGAAUUACCUCCCACCUUCGAGGGUUCCACGACAUCUCUUUCACAACCGGGCUUUCCGCAUGGCAGCCUGGACAAGUCCAGUAUGGAGAUGAUGUCGCAGAACUUGAAUACAAGUUCGGAUAUUUUCGCGGCUGCCUCUAUGCUUUAUAACAAUGGGCUUACCGGAACGGGUUUUAACUCCGGCUUUAAUCACCAUAAUUUCUCUGCUCCAGACACAGACUUCAACAAUCCCAGGAUCAAUGGCCACAGCAAGGUUCCGCACAGCAGUAGUCAUUCAAAGCAGCCGUCACGUCGCCGCAUGCCCGUCGGAUUUCAUACAUCAGAGAUGCUGUUCGAUGUCGGAGAACCGAUUUCACCAGAACAACAAGUGACGGCAAAAGUGCGCCCACUUCAUUGGGGCUCAGAUAUUGGCUUCAUGGGCCAGGGGUAUAUGGCUCCUCCUGAACAACCUAAUGAAGAGGAUCGGACCAAAGAGCUACUUGGCCAUCUGGUAUGCCUUGAGCGACAGAGCAGUGCAACAAACACGCGCGCUCCCAGUCCAGUAACAGCGAGACACCCUGGAGGCUACGAUGCUCCCUGGGCGGAUGCCGCUGCUGCUGGCCAACUUAGCAACCUCCGGCGAGGCUACCGAGAGAAUGUGGAAGAUCUUGCUCAGCCCAAGAAGAAGCAGAGGAUCUUUGUGAAAGAGGAAGAUGACGAGACUUCGGAUGACGAUGCUUCGAUACGAAAGCCCAGAAAAUCUAAGCCCUCAACUCGACGACUUUCGCAAGAUACCAUUUCAAAACGGAGGCUCUCUUCGGGACCAAAACCGGCGCGCGAAAAUCUAACUGAGGAGCAAAAAAGAAGCAACCACAUUCUUUCAGAACAGAAGCGACGAAAUCUUAUUCGGCAAGGUUUCGAUGACUUAUGUUUACUCGUCCCGGGGCUGAAAGGGGGUGGCUUCAGCAAGAGCGCAAUGCUCACUCAAGCGGCCGAUUGGUUAGAAGAGAUCCUACGAGGGAAUGAGAUUCUCAGAGCACAACUCGCAGAGAUGAAGACAAUGAAUGGCUUGGUCAUGCCACGGUAGCACCCCAUCCAAGUUACGCGAUCACGACAAAUCAUAUUAAUUCCCACGACUUCAUUCAGAAGCAUGGGCCUUGUUUCAAUUUAACUGUACAUUGGAGCACUUAAGCGAUCUUCCAGUCAUCUUUUCGAUGCAAGUGCAGGCGUUUGUUCUCUGACGGCCAUGAUUCAAAUUAUUUCUCUCCCCUGGCGAGGCUCUUUUGCCGAGAGUUUGCUUGCUGACUUGCCGCGUGUCAUGCACCGUACCCAUAAUACCCCUUUGGCCUGAUUUCAUCGUCCCAGUUAUACACGAUUAUACUUGAUGCACGUGUAACUAUAUAGCCGAAUCUUCAGCAAUCUACGAUACCAUCCAAGGAAAAAAAAAAGGAAAUUUAUUGACCCAAU